AUGUCUGUUUUAGAAUGGAGUGUAGACGAUGUUAUUAAGUACCUAGGAGAGAUAGGACUUGACCAAUAUGCUACAGACUUCAGAGCCAACGAAAUUAGCGGAAAUGUUAUACCUUUACUCGAAGAAUCCCACCUUAAAGAAAUGGGCGUCUUUAAAAUCGGUCAUAGACUCCUUUUAAAGAAGUUUAUUUUAGAUGUACGUUCAGGACAAUUUGGAAAACAAUCCAGUAGGCGCGAAGCUUCAAAUAACGUUUCUCCAUCAUCAACUCAGGAUGUUAGGAAGAGUACAUCAAAUAUAUCUCGUAGCAUUGAUACACCUCCUCAAGCACAAUCUCCAAAGCAAUCUCCAGCUCAAGCGCCAAAACAAGAUGUAUCACCAAAACAAGCACCUACUCCAAAAUCAUCGAAUUCAUCAAAACCACCAAUGGAUGAUGGAGAUAUGGGUGGCGAUGAACCAGCACCAGCUCCAAAGAAGAGACCGACAUUACCAAGCGAAAAAGCAGCUCGUGCAAAAGCUGCAGCUGCAGCUGAUACACCACCAAAGUCUCCAAAGCCUGCUCCUGCAAAGAAACCAUCAGCUGGAGGCGCACUUAACAAGACAUUACGUAGAAAUGCACCACCACCUGCAGAAGCAGAUGCCAACGAUGAUCGUGUUUCUUGCAGUUAUUGCGGCAGAAAAUUCGCUUCAGACAGAAUUGAAAAGCAUGAAGAAAUUUGCCGUAGACAAUCGAUGAAAAAGACAAAAGUUUUCGAUUCUUCCAAACAACGUCUUGAAGGCGAAGCUGCAUCAUUUGCAAAGGUCUCUAAGAACAAACCAAAACCAAAGAAGGAAACAAUCAAUGGUGUUCCAAAGUACAAACUUCAACAUCAAGAACUUGUUAAAGCUAUGCGUGCUGCAAGAAAACUGCAAGCAUAUCAAGAUGCUGUUGAAAGAGGUGAAGCUGUUGGCCCGCCACCAGAGAUGCCAAAGAUCGAAUUGGUCGAUGAUGAUAGAGUUCAGUGCCCUCAUUGCGGCAGAAAGUUCGGUGAAGAGCAAGCUAGGAGGCAUAUUCCUAAUUGCACAGGCGGUCACGGAGGUAUGGCACAGCGUCGUACUGGAAGAAGAUAA